CUUCAGACCAAAUCACCAAGGCGAGCUUGAUUUUCACACAAUAUUUUCCGAGGACGGAACGAUGCAGGCCCUGCUGUGUUUGUCAACAGUGCGAAAUUCGUAGCGGCCGUUAUUAUACUUUUAACGAUAUGGAAGUGAUUUCAACAGGGACUUCUAGAUUAUUUUUAACUUCUUCAGUUGAAAAUAAAGACGAUUUAGAAGAGAAAUUCGAAAGAAGUUACCAAUUUCUACUCAGUACAACAGCUGGAUUAAGUGAUAAAGAUGCACACGAGGCUCUCAACAAGGCACUUUUGAAAGAAAAAGGUUAUGAAGAAAUAUCUUUUGGACUUUUGGUUACAAUUUUAACAGAACCCCAUAAUGCACCUAAAAGUUAUAGGGAUUUAACGUUAAUAACUCGUGACGGGUUUGGACUAAUAGUUACAAAUUUAUCGCAAUUAGUGUUUGACAAAUAUUUACGAUUUAAUGAUGUGGUAAAACAACAGUUAAUAUGGCUCUUAAGGGAAAUGAUAAAAAAUGCAGUGAGCAAUGUGGACACUUUGGUGUGGAAUUUGAUGAGACAUGCAGCAGGAGGUGAUGUAUCCCCAAAAAAUAUUACGCUUAUUGAAUCCCUUCUUGAUGUUUUUAUAGAAUAUAGAAAUUGGUUAGAAAAAUUUCCAGUUUUAAUAGCAUCUGUUGUUUAUACAUAUUUAAGACUAAUAGAAGAUCACAAUGCGCCUUAUCUAACAAAUUUGAGACAGAAAGAAGUCAACUUUUUAAUAAGUAUUAUGAGAGAACAUUUCCAGGAUUGUCUGGUUAUUGGAAGAGAUUUAGUUCGGCUUUUACAAAAUGUAGCAAGACUUACAGAAUUUGAACAAUUAUGGAAAGAUAUUUUACUGUCACCAAAGACUUUAUCCCCCAAUUUUACUGGGGUUUUGCAACUAUUACAAACUAGAACUUCGAGGAGAUUUUUACAGUCGAGAUUAACACCAGAAAUGGAGAGAAAACUUGUCUUUUUAACUUCCCAAGUAAGAUUCGGCCACCAUAAACGCUACCAGGACUGGUUUCAGCGGCAGUACUUAGCUACUCCCGAAUCGCAAAGCCUCCGAUGUGACAUAAUACGUUUUAUAGUUGGUGUUAUACAUCCUACAAAUGAAUUACUGUGUUCAGACAUCAUACCUAGGUGGGCAGUCAUUGGAUGGCUUUUAACAACAUGUACAUCAACUGUAGCUGUAUCUAAUGCAAAAUUGGCACUCUUUUAUGAUUGGUUAUUUUUUGAUAGCGAAAAAGAUAAUAUUAUGAAUAUUGAACCUGCUAUACUAGUUAUGCAUCAUUCCAUGAGGUCACAUCCAGCAGUUUCUGCUACACUGUUAGAUUUUUUGUGCAGAAUUAUAGCAAAUUUCUAUCCACCUUUAGAGGAUAAAGUGAGGGCAGGUAUAUUCACUUCACUGAGACAAAUAUUAGAUAAACGAGUAUUACCUUCAUUGCUGCCUUUAUUCGAUAACUCAAAACUGGAUAGGGAUCUUAGAAGUAUGGUACAAGAAACAUUCAGAGAAUUUUGUACGGCAAUACCUUUCGAAUCAUCUUCAAAAGACAUGUUAAAUAGUCCAAAUUCAGUGAAAUAUGAGGAAAAUGAAUCUGUGUCACUUCUCAACAACCAUAUUAUGGAUAGUGAACCAGCAUUUAGUGAUGAUGAGGAAGAACCAAGCUUAAGAAUAAGUACUUCUUUAGCAUAUGAUACAGAUGAAGAAGAUGAUUUACCGUUAUCAAAAGUUAAGUUAAAAGAAAAAAAUAAAUCAGAAGUAUUUAUAGAAGGUCCAAUAGGGGAAACACUUCAAAAGUUACAACACGAAACUGAUACUGAUGAGAGAAAUGAUCUAAUGGAAAAGUUGAUUGGACAAGUGAUGGACUUGGAUGAAGAUGAUGAAAAUUUACCAGCUGUAGCCAAAUGUUUGGUCAAUUCUAUAAAAGAUGAGGUGAAGGGAGAGAUAUUUCCAGAUGUACUGACAGAAGAAAAUCUCAUGGAUAGUAUGAAAUCUCCAUUAUUCACUUUAUUCAAAACUUUAUAUGGUUUCAGUAAAGAUGAAUUGGGCAAAGAUGUACUAUAUAAAGUUAUAGCAGAAAUGCACAAUGAAUUACCGAAUCUUGGUUACCUUAUCAUUUAUUACCUCAAAGCGAAAAUUUGGAAGGAAAACAAAAAAGAAGAUCAUUCCGUUGCUAGUGCACUCAAGAUUAGUGUAUACAAAGACUUUUGCCAGAGCAUAGAAAAGAAAGUAGAUAUUUGUUUAUUCGAUGAUUUAUUUGCAUGCCAUCACAGUGAUACUAAAUUGAUGAUGUGGAUAGUGCCAGACCUGUAUAGAGACUUUAAACAACAAACAGUUAAUAACGCUCAAAUAUUGCGGGUAAUAAUUUCAGCAAUAGAUCCACGGCAGUUACAAACGUUAGUGGGGAAAGUACUUCAGGGUCAUCUAAUGAUGUUUAAGCAAGAAACCAUCAUACCUCUAUUGAAAGCAAGCUUGCAAUGGGAAAGUAUAGAACAGUUCUUCCUGUGGCAACUUGUAAACGCCCACAAUAUAUCCAUAGACACUGUUUUACCAUUAAUAACUGAAUUAGACUAUGAUCAGCAUGCAGAGGCAUUAACGGCAGUCACUCUUAUGUUAAAAAUGGAAAAACCAAAUGCAGAUUACAUCAAAUCUUUAUUUUCUAGGGACAUUUGUGAUAACGGUGAUUUAUUUGUGUUUACAAUUAUUAAAUUUUGGUGUGAUGAGUAUAUAGACAAAGUAGCCGAACUAAUUUCAUCUUUAUUAAGCACAAGGUAUCCAUCAACUUCCCCUAAUAAACGGAAAAGAUCUAGUGCGAGUAAAACAUUAAGUGCUACUGUGCCUAGUGCCGAUCAAGUUCUUGGACACUUGGAAAAACUGAGGAUUAUCUGUGAAAAACAUGACUGUAUGGCAAUUUACACACUUGACUCGAUGCAAAGGGCGCUUAGCAUCGCUCAUAAUAACAGCAAUGAUAGCCAAAGGAAACAAUUUAGUGAGUUGUUUGCACUUAUGGAAGAAGAAGAGGAAGUUAGUGCCACCAAGAGAUCGCAAGGAAGAGGUAGGAAACCUGCUAAUAAAAAUACUGUUGUUAAAAGGCAAAUUGUAAGGGAAAUAUCAGAUACUUCAGAAGAAACUAGUGAAGAGGAAGAGAUUGUGAAACCAAAACAACCGAAGAAAAGAAAAAAAGUGAUGUCUGAUAGCGAUUGACGGAAACAAUCCAUUUACGUGCAAAUCGCUUAUCUAUUCACUAUGCCCUCCUGUUGUGGGAGAGGCGGCUCGUUCUUAGAAGAUACGAUCGCUGAAGUGAAGAAAACACUGCCCAUGCCUCCUAUCAAAACCUAAGGCAAUAAGAUGUCUUGAAAAAAAAAACACCCCUAAACGUACCUUCAAAGUUGUUGCGAUUACAGAAAAUACGCCUUGCUUCGUUUUUACAUGAGUCAUUUUGAAAUUUAUUUAUACUCCCUUUUUAUUUUCUCAAUUUGAUAUACUUCAUUUUUAAACUAGAAAGACUAAUUAUGAAAAAGUUGAUACUUUGAGUAUUGACACAAGAAAUUUGUUAAAUAACAAAAAUUUUUAGGAAUUUGAAUUGUAUUUAUUAUAUACUGAGUAUUGAAAGUAUAGAAUUUUAAUAACUUUUUUUAGUAAAUUUGGUUGAAAAGGCUUUUUUGAGAAAAUUAUUGAAUCCCUCAGAUAUUUGCUACAUCUUAUGACAUAAUUUUUUUACAUUUAAAUACUUCAAUUUUCAUUUUAUCUACAUUCAAAUGUUUCAUAUAAAAUUUACUUUCAAUAACAUUCUGGUACUGUAUACUUGUUUUAAAAAUUUGAUCCAAUACUUUUCGCAUUCUUCAUCGAUUGAAACAAGCUCUCUUUUAAACAAUCCUUAAAAAAUUUGGUGAUCGUUUAGAAUUGGGACUCCAGGCAAACAUCUCCUCAAAAAAAUGUUCUCCACCCGGAAACUAUAUUAUUAGGUAGAAUUAGAUCAGAUUUAAAAAUGGGGAGACACUUUUUAUGGGGUUUCAUUGCAAAAAACACUAUUUUUAGGUAUAACUUAAAUUCGAAUAAUAAAUAAUUUUGUAAUUAUUCUAAAUAUUGAUGUCCUUUUAACACUCCCCCUUUUAAGCUAUACUUAUACCUAAAAAUCAUAUUUUUGUCGAUGAAACCCCAUAAAACAUGUCUCCUUUACCUUUAAUUAUCUAAUUAUAGAUUCCACCUUCAAUUUUCAAGUCUAUCUAACGAAAUGGUUUCAAGGGUGGGAAAAGAUUUCUGGUUGUCACCUAACCUAAUCUAAAAAUCUUGUUUUUUUCGAUGAAACCCAAUAAAAAAUGUCUUCCCCACCUUCAAUUAUACAAUUCUACUUAACAAAAUAGUUUCCAGGUGGGAAAAACAUUUUGGGAGCCACCUAACCCCACAAAAAAUGUCUCCCCCAUUUAAUUUAUUAAUUAUAUCUAACAAAAUAGUUUCCAGGUGGGGAAUAACUUUUUAGAGCAACUUACCUAAAUAUCCUGUUUGUUUCAAUAUAACACCAUAAAAAAGGUCUUCCCUACCUUUAAUUAUACAAUUCUACUUAACAAAAUGGUUUUUGGCAGCCACCUAACCUAACCUAAAAAUCGUGUUUCUCUAAUGAAACCCCAAAAAAAUGACCUUUAAUUAACUAAUUCUACCUGGUAAUGAGUUUCCAGGCGAAAAAAAAAACAUUUUGGAGCAACCUAACCUAAAAAUCCUGUUUUUUUAAUUUAACCUCAUAAAACAUGUCUCCCCUACCUUUAAUCAUCUCUAGCAAAAUAGUUUCAAGAUGGGGAAAGAUUUUUUGGAGCGAUUUUUGCCUGGAGCCGAGCCCCAAAUUCUAAAUAAUUUCCAAAAAAUUCUCCAAUUCAGUUCAAUCACAUGUAUCGAAAUUUUUUUAGUAAAAUAAUGACUAAGUCUGUUCCUCCUUAGUAUAUUUAUUAAAAAUUUGACUGCUCAUAAAAAUUUAGUGCCAAUUCGUCACCCUAUAUUCAUUUAUUAGUUAAAAAAAAUCAAAAAUUAGGCAAAAAGUUACUGAUACCUUUUUUUUUUAUUACGAUUUCAGUUAAAAAUCUUUGAUUGCCAUUUUACGUGAAUAAAAUCAUUAAUUUUAGCUCAAAAUUUGAAAAAAUUGAAUAGAAAUUAGAUUAAUAUUAAAAAAAAAAUUGUUUUUACAUCAAAGUACUGCAAAAAUAAAUUUGAAUAAUUAAAAUAUAUAUUUUCGACUUUUUUCAUCAUUAUUUCCAAUUUGUUUCUAAACUUGUUUAAAAAACUCACUUAUUAAUAAAAAAAACAUUAAAAUUUGAUUUCUCAAUAAUUUAUUUAUAAAUAUGAUAAAAAAUUAUUAAAAAUUCCAACCACUAAUCAUUUCAAGAUCAGCUGUUUUUUAUAAUUUUUAUUUCUGCUUCAACUUUAAACGAAUCUCGAAUAUAAUUAAACAUGAGCCAUUAUUUAAAUCGACUCCACUAUAUAAAUAAUGUUUUGGCAGAUUAGUAAUUGAUUAAAAUGACAAAAAUAUUUCAGUUCAGUUCUAGUUUAAGAAUAAAGUAUAAGUUAAUUCAGCUCAAUAUCUAAGAGGUGAAAGGGUUUUCUUUUUUUUUUGAUAAUGAUUUUUUAGAUGAAAUUUCAUGGUUUUUUGUUAUUUUUGGAAAUAUCUAAAUACGAAAGUUGAUACAUAAUAAUUUAAUAUAAAUCAUUUGGAAGUUUGAAGUUAUACCAGAAAUUUUUAUUUGCAAGUAUAACGGUUUAACGAUUGUUCGGAUAUUGAGAACAGGUAUAGAAUUUUUCUUUAAUUAACAAAUUUUGUCUGUUUUAGAAGAAUCUGUCAACCUAUAAUAAUUUUUAAUUCAAAAAACACUCAAAAAGGGGGCUAGAUGAAUUUGUUCAAUUGCAGUUGAAGUAUUUUUGGAAUAAAAUAAAUUGUUUGAUUCCAAAACCCGAAAAAUACAAAAAUUGAAUUUAAACUUUUCAAAAACAUUUUUCAUGUCCAUUGUAACUUUUAUUUCUACUUCUGUUGCUUUACCUUUAAACUUUUUUUGAUAUUUUAUUGAGUGGGACUUUAUUUUUUAAUAUUUACACUAUUUUUAUGUUUAGUUUUGAAAAUAUCUACAAAAGUUGAUACAUAAUAUUUGAAUAUAAAUUUAUUUGCUGCAAUAUAUCUUUUAAAUCAAAUAAGUCCCAUAAGCAAUUCUGUACAAUUAUCCAGAUAUUAAGAAAAAGUAUAGAAUUUUUCUUAAUAAACAAAUUUUGUCUGUUUUAGAAGAAUCUGUCAACCUAUAAUCAUUUUUAAUACAAAAACACUCAAAAAGGUAGUUAGACGAAUAACUUUUAGCUUUUUUGUUACAAUUUCAGUUAAAGUUACUAUAUUUUUGGAAUAAAAUAAAUUGUUAGGUUCCGGAAGGUGAAAUAUACAAAAAGUGAUUUCUAACUUUUUCAAAAAAUGUUUAAUCUACUGCAAGAACUAAAUAAAUUAGAAAAA